AUGGACGAUGACGAACUUCUUCAAGAUGAACUCGUCAGGUCUAUUCCAAUCCACCUGUCGACCUCGCUCACGCCGAAUCUCCAUUUGCACCAAUUCCCCCUUCUCACACGACCACUUCAAGUGCCACCAUCUGCAGAAAGAGCAGGAAAACACAUCACUAGCCGUCUAAAACCCAAUACGCGACGGUUCGAAAUUCACGUUCCUGUUGACACACGUCCGGACGUGUGGAACGUCGACAAAUCGAAAGAGCUUGGUGCUGCGCGAGUAGAGGACGACCGCGAAAAGAAUCAAGAGCCAAAAUUGAAGCUGAAGGAAGGAGAAGAGCCGAGACUGAACGAAAUCCGACUACGAAGCGAGGAGAUUCCACAGCGAGGGACCUACAUGUUGGGUAUCGUCAGAGAUGGCAAACUACACCUCCAACCCGUCAGCCAGACUCACCAAUUCCGACCGACUCUGACAUACCUCGACGCGCAGUCACGGAAAACACGCAAGGGCGGAUACGACUCUGACUCAGACGACGGUCCACCACCAGAUCCCGACGAUCCGAACCCUGUGGUCGUGACUAAGAAGGAGAAGAAGGCUCCAGCGGGAGAGGCGAAAGAAGUUCAAGUUUCUGCUAAACGUGCUGAUGAUAAGGGCUUUCCCGGUGGAGGCAUCUCUGCAGCAAGAAGAGAAAUGCUACAGAUUAUUCGAAAUGAAGAUGAUGAAGCAUGGGAGGACCUGGAGUUCUGCGAUGUUAUGACCGAGGCAUCUGGCGCAACCUUUGAGGCUGUAUUCUCGCAUAACGAUGAACAUCUACAGUGCCAAAGCGAUAUUACACUUUUUGUGAAAGACAUUAAUGGAUUGUGAUUUUCCCUG